UCCUCGUUGCCUGGUAACAGCCUCAGCGUCCACAUUUCCCGGGACACCAUGAGCAGCAAGACCGGGGAGCGAGCCCGGGGCGGGACAUCGGGGCAGGGUGUGCCUCGCAAUGUUGCCUCUAAGUCUCGUGGUGACAAGUCUCGCAAUGUGACGGUGGCUUCUCUUCCACAAGUAACCGUGGACAUCAUACCAGGACGCUUCACUGAAGAAGACUGGCUGUCCAUGCUGACUGCUGAAGCUGGAGAAGAUGUGGUGGGAGACUUGGUAGAUUCUCUGAUGGACCGUGUCAUGGAGGAGUGCUUCAAGGUCUACCUCCAGCACCAGCUGCUCCCGUUUACCGUCAGUCAGUCGCGGGACGCCAUGUUGCAGGUCGUGCAGUGGACAUUCGUUCCCAGAGAUGAGGGCGACAGCGAGCUGAAUACAGAAGUGACCCCGCAGACGGAGCCACAGCCAUCCCCACAUGACUCCUGGGCACAAGGUUGUGUCCCAGUCACCCAGGCCUCCCGUACACCCCGCUCCAGCCAGCCCCAGGUGUCAACCCAGCCCCCCAUUACUGAUAUACCAGAGCAAGAGGGAGAAGAGGCGGGGCAGGCAGAGGAGCCUACGGGUGCUGAAGAGGAUCCCCCCGCACCAGCAGCAGAGCCUGCCACCUCUGCACCUCAGGCACCUCCUCCGCCAGUGAUAACACCCAGUCCUCCUGCUGCCCCUCCAAAGACCAGGCCUCAUUAUCGUCCCCACCGCGGUCCCCUGCGCUCAGCUGGCCUGAAGAACAUCACCAAGUCUCUGGAGGAGACGGAGAAAGAAAUGUUCCUGGAGCAGCUUGUCAUGGAGGGGUCUCAUCUAAAGGAGAACGCUGACCUCCUGCCCACCUCAUUACACAACAUCCUGAAGAUCCAGGUUGGUCGACCACCCCAGAAGAAAGACGUAAUCUACGAUGGUGCUGGAAAUGUCCUGUCAAUGCCAAAGGUGGACCUCUCCCGACUGCCCCAGCACCAUGUCCGUCCCCGCAUAGAGGUCUUGGAGAUUAGCAAAGAGGCCCCAGUUAUACCACUAGGGGGCCGCCAACUCCCCAGAAGAAGCAGAGAGAGGGUUCCUGACAGACGACUACAUGUCAAGUCCUCAUCCCGUGACCCUCCUCAGCUGCUGCUCCACAGUAAGACCACCAGAGUGGAGGACAUUUCUGGCCGGGCUCCUGUGCCCUCCAACAUACUCCUGGACACCAUGCCCCUGACUCACGGGGUGAUACUAAGAGAGGGGGGCGCAACAGAGCGAGGGACCGUGUACAGUCUGCGCCAGAGAGAGCACCCCCAGAGGGAGGUCAGGCAGGAGCUGAGGUCGAUCCCAGCCUCCAUCCCCCUGCCCGGCAUCAGAGUGGAGCAGCUGAUCAAGAACAGCGUCCCCCAAGUGCAGCCACUCGUCUCCUUCCUGUCACCUCCUCAGUGUGGUAUAUAGCAGAGGGUCUGAUCCAGAGACACCCUCCUCUAAUAAACCUUAC